UGUAGCGACAGCGUUCAGAAUCAGUGAAUGUUCGUGUUUACCUGAUUUUUAGUCACUUAAACGUGAAAAACCCCAAUAAUAUAUAAUAAAGAAGACUGUCGUGGUUAAACCUGGCGGUUUGGGGCUAAACCUGUUAUCUAACUAGCCAAGUUUCCCAACUUUGCUCCUGGAGAACCCUGAACAUUUCAGUGUUUACCUGCUCUGUAAGGCCAGUUCAGGUCAUGGAGAGCUUAAUAUUGAGAUGAUAAGUUAAGAUUUGUUCUGUUGUAGCAGAAAUAGUCAGUAAAAUAAGCUGGACAGGGGUAACCAGAAGAAUAACAACAUCUAAAUGAGACCUCUUUAUCUCAUUUACUUCUCCUACACUCAGAAAUAAAGGAGAAAGUGACCAUUCCGUUUGGGACCAAAGUACUGGACGGUGUUCUGACUGUUCCUGAAGUGGAGGCCGUGCGGACGGGCCUUGUCCUCACACAUGGAGCCGGAGGGGACAUGAACCUGAAAGCCCUGCGUUCUCUGGCCGGCUGCACGGCCACAUCUGGUGUCCUGUGUCUCCGUUUCACCUGUAAAAGUCUCAAUUUCACCUACAGAGUGCGGGCGUUUCAGGCAGCUGUUGAUUACUUGAAAACCCUCCAGAGGUUCACACUGAGUAAUGUUUUCCUUGCGGGUCGUUCGAUGGGAGCUCGAGCUGCCGCGGCGUUGGGCCGGCAGCUGUGUGCCGCGGAGGAGGGAGCCGUACGGGGCCUGGUGUGUGUGUCCUUCCCUCUGCAUCCCCCUGGACAAACACACACACACGUUAAGCGCAGUGAGGACCUCAGAGCGCUGUCCCACGUCCCCGUGCUCUUCGUGUCUGGCACGGCAGACAACAUGUGUGAACGAAAGCUUCUGGAAAGUGUUGUGGAGCAGAUGAAGAGCUCCAGCUCUGUGCACUGGGUGGAGGGGGGGAGUCACGGCCUGGCAGUAAAGGGGAGGACAGAGGAGUCUGUACUGGAAGAGGUCAACUCAAGAAUCAUGACAUGGAUACUGGAACAUGUCUGAAAAUGCUCUGCUGCUGAGAUCUGUUUUUAUAUAGUGCUUGUCUGAUUGUCAACAUAUGCGAAAGAAAACAAUGUCUACAUUUUUAUAAAUAAAAUAAUUCUUCAGUGUCAGUUUAUGUACUA